AUGAACCAAGAUUUAGGUAUUAUACCAGAUAUUGUUUCUGCUAGGUUAAAUGAUAACGUUCGAGGUUUUGAGACUCAGAAUGAUUUUAACAUAAAGGAAUCAUGGGCGCACUCUGAUAUGAAUGACUAUAUGAAUUCUUAUCCUUAUGAUCCUACUUCGUAUCAGAAAAUGAUACAAGGUCAACAUCGUAAUUCGAAUACAGAUUAUAUGUUGGACGAGAAACAAUACAUGGGUGAGCAACAUAGAUACGCUAACCGCAACAUGGAUGACAUGCCAAAUAAUAUGUAUAUUGAUUCUAGCUAUACCGAAAAUCAAUGGCCACAUCCAGUAGAUUCACAUCAAGGAAUGGUUCACCAUAAUACAAAAGAUUAUUCUCACUCUAAUAUUAGGGUGGCUGCUGCAGCUGCAUCAGCUAUCACUAAAGUAGAACCACAAACACUUUCGGUGAAUUCAUCAAAUUUGUCUUCAAAUUUGUCUUCGAAUUACGUCACUGCACCAAGCAGAACCGUGUACUUAGGGAAUAUCCCACCAACCUUAACAGCAAGUGAUUUGUUGGAUCACGUACGUAGUGGAGUCAUUGAAGAGGUCAAGAUCUUACCAGAAAAAAUGUGUGCAUUCAUAUCAUUCUUAGAUGAAAAUUCAUCGCUAUUAUUCCAUUCAGAUGCGAUUUUAAAACGAUUAAAUAUAGAUGGUAAAGAUAUUAAAAUUGGCUGGGGCAAGCCAAGCCCACUUUCUCCGAUAAUUGCAACUAGCGUAGCUACCGAUGGAGCCACAAGGAAUAUAUUCAUUGGUCAAUUAAACACCACUGAUCAUAAUAAGCAGAAAGAUAAUGAUGCAACUAUAUACCAUGGCUCAGAUGAUUUUGAAGAUAUUAUGACAGAAGAAAAAUUGAGAAAAGAUUUAGAAGAAUAUGGUGAUAUUGAUUGUAUUAAGAUAUUUAAAGAAAAAGGAUUUGCAUUUGUUCAUUUUACUUCCAUUCUAAGUGCAAUUAAAGUUGUCAACAAUUUAUCCAAUUCCAAUCCUUACUACAGUAAAAAAAAAAUCUAUUAUGGAAAGGAUAGAUGUGCAUUUAUCACUAAAACACAAAAGCAUAAUGCCGCUCAAUUCUUAGGUAUACCGACAAGCAAAGCAAAUAGUCUAGAACAAACAAACUCAGGUUUACUUGCCAAUGCAUUACUUCAACAAUCUGCUGCUGCUGCUGCAAUUGCGACAUCUGCCGGUGGUUCGAAUAAUCUUGGGAACCGUACUGUGUACUUAGGAAACUUACCAAAUGAUAUUCGUAUUGAAGACAUAUGUAAUACUAUAAGGUGUGGAUUAUUGCAGAAUAUCAAACUUCUCUCUGAUCGUCAUGUUUGCUUUGUGACGUUCAUUGAUCCUGUCUCAGCAGCACAAUUUUAUGCUAUGAGCUCCAUCUACGGCUUUGUUCUACAGAAAAAGAGAUGCAAAGUAGGUUGGGGUAAACAUUCUGGUCCAUUAUCCAAUCCAUUGACUCUAGCAGUAAGCAACGGUGCAUCAAGAAAUGUUUAUAUUGGCAACAUCGAUUUCACAGCUGACGGCACAAAGAGAGAACGAUACUUCACAGAUUCCAAUCUAAGACGAAUCUUCUCCGAGUAUGGUGAAGUGGAGCAAAUCAAUUUCUUAUAUUCCAAGAACUGCUGCUUCGUUAACUAUACAAAUAUAAAUAAUGCAAUUUCUGCUAUUGAUAAAAUUAAAAACAAUCCAACAUUCAAGAAUCUAAAGAUCAAUUUUGGUAAAGACAGAUGCGGGAACAUUGCACAUUAA